UGCAGUGAGAGGUCAGUUGAAAAAUAGACUGAACCGAUCGAUUGAGAAUCAAAGGGUUAUUCGAUUCACUCGUCUAGUCAUUUUCAAUUAAUUUGGUUAGGUUCAACAGCCCUGCUGAAUGUACUGUUUCCAAUGCCAAAUUGAGAAGUCCAUAAACAGUGCUUCCUUGCUUUUAGGAUCGAUUCCAGUUCUUCCAACUUUUUCCGUUGAUCGUCUCGAAUUGGAUGAUUCCGGACCUCCGUUGCAAUAAUAAUAAGCAUUUGAGUUGAGAAAGAGGAAGAUUGCCGCAAUUGAUCGAUGCGAUUAAUUGGAUUAAAUUCUAUCAGACAAAACAGGAAACAGAACAUGAAUCGAUCGACUACGCAAUCCUAAUGUUCUGACGGGUUCAAAUCAAUGAAAAGUAAUUUAUCGAGAUCUCUGACGGAGAAAUCGAAUCGCAGAUGGAUCAGGAUCCUGGCGCCAACGAUGAUCCGGCCACAUGCAGCAGCAGCAGCGCCAAGGGCCCGCAGUGCUCGGUGAUCUCGACGUACAGGGCCAAGAUCGGCGGCGCGCUCCGUGCCGUGACGGUGGUGUGGAGCAAGAACAUGAUGCACCACUCGCUUUCGGUGUCGAUCGACGGCAGCCUCGGCGCGGCGACGUGCAAGGUGGAGCUGAAGCCGUGGCCCUUCUGGAGCAAGAAGGGAUCCAAGUCCUUCGACGUCGACGGAAGCCACGUCGACGUGUCGUGGAACUUCCGGCUGGCCAAGUUCGGCGAUGGUCCGGAGCCCUACGAAGGAUAUUUCGUCGCCGUUGUCUCCGGCGACGAGGUGGCGCUGUUGCUUGGCGACAGGAAGAAAAAGGCUUACAAGAAAACCAGGUCGCGGCCGUCGUUGGAGGAGGCGACGCCGGUGUCGAAGAAGGAGACGGUCUUGGGAAAGCGGAGCUUCGCUGCUCGGGCAACGUUCGACAGCCAGCGCAGCAAGGAGCACGACAUCGUGGUGGAGCACUCCAUCUCCGACCAGACCAAGGACCGCGACGGCACCGAGCUGUGGAUCACCGUCGACGGCGCCGUCCGCUUACACGUCGCCAACCUCCAGUGGAAGUUCCGGGGCAACGAGGUCGUGUGGAUCGACCAGCUCCCGGUCCAGGUGAUCUGGGACGCCCACGACUGGCUUUUCAAGUCCCACGCCCUCACCCACGCCCUCUUCUUGUUCAAGCCCGGCCUGCCAGAGCCCGUCGCCGAGCCGCCGGAGGACGGAGAACCCGAAGACGCCGCUACCUCGGUUAGCAACAACGAUGUUGGUGCUGCUCGUGGAUCUUCUUCGGAGUUUUGCUUCUUCCUCCACGCUUGGAAGAUGGAUUGAUUAAUUGGGUUAAUAAUUAAUUAAUUAACUAAUUACACUGAGGACGUAGCUCUG